UCUAAUCAGUUUUCUGAUCAGAAUUCUGCAAUGGAUUCGGACAGCACCGUGACUUCCUUGGAGGAGAACACGGAGAACUUUUGCACGAAUCCCACGCGCGACAUCCUCGCCGAGGGCAUCACCAAUCUCUUCAAGCCGACGAUCGAGCGGUUGGACGAGCGCGUGGCCUCCACCAUCCAGCUGCAGGCUGAGCUGCGUGGCCAACUGGAUGCACUGGCCGCCCAGCUGAGGGACAUCGAAAAGGCGCAGAGUCAGAUACCCGAGUUCGCGGACAAGGUGAAGGAGCUGCUGAACGUCAAGCACAAGGUGACGGUCAUAAGCAACGUGUUGGUGACCAGCCAGGAGCGGCUGACGGGUCUGCACAAGCUGAUAGAGAAGGAGCAGCGGCGGCGACAGGCGCUUCUCGAUUCCGCGCUCAGCACCAACAUAUCCUAAAUCCAAUUACUGUUCGUCAUGGAGACGCCCUACACCGACCACUUGAGCCCAGAAGAUUUCGAGCACGUUUACGAGCCAGCGGAGGACUCGUUCCUGCUGCUGGAUGCCCUGGAAAAGGAUCUGGAGUACCUGGACCGGCUACAGCCGAGUCUCUGCGUCGAACUGGGCUCCGGUUCGGGUGUGAUCAUCACGGCGCUGGCCAAGAAACUGGCUGGCUUUUCGCUGUGCCUAGCUACGGAUAUCAAUCCCAAAGCCUGCAAUGCCACUCGAAGAACUGCGACUCGGAAUGGCGCUCGCUUGGAUAGCAUUCGCUGCAGCCUAGCGGAUGCACUGCGUCCGCGAUCCGUGGACGUGCUGCUCUUCAAUCCGCCCUAUGUAGUCACCAGUGACGAGGAGCUGCAGACGCAACAGUUCGAUUCGCACAGCGAAUCCUCAACGGAUCGCAAUCUGGUUUUCUCCUGGGCUGGUGGACAGGACGGGCGACGCGUCACGGACAUUCUACUCAAGCAAUUGGAUGACAUUCUUUCGCCUCGAGGCGUGCUCUACCUACUCCUGCUGCGGGAGAACAAGCCGGAGGAGAUUAUCAAAUACUUAGAGGGCCUCCAGUUCCGGGCUGUUAAGUUCAUGGAGCGACGCAUUCCUGGCGAGCAUUUGUGCAUACUGAAGGUCACCAGGUACUUGGCAUCAUCAUGACUCGUGCAAUAGCAUCAAAUUAAAGUUGUAUUUUAAUUAAAAGAUAAACUUUUUUAGGCGUUUAUUCUUAAAUUUGAUACUAAAUAAUAUGGAGAAUAAUUUUAAUAAAAGUUGAAAUAAAUG